UGUGUAGCUAGCUAAUAUCCUAAAGAAAAGAAAAAAGAAGCAACAUUCGACAAAUAAACGUUCAAACACACAGAGAGAUGCCAUCUGCAACCACUGGCGACUAUGCUGUUCAGUCCUCCAGUCCAGAGCUGGGCUCUGUUCCUGUCUCGGCUCCCAAUGAGGCACUAAAGCAAGUGCUGAGCAUCAUUGAGAAGAAGGUCCGCAACAUGGAGGAGAGAAAGUCCAAGCUGGAAGACUACAAGACACGGAAGAGCAAAGGAGAGCGACUAAACCAGGAUCAACUGGACGCUCUGUCCAAAACUCAGGAGGUGACACACAAUUUGGAAUUUGCCCGGGAGCUGCUGAAGAGCUUCUUGUCUUUAAACAUCGAGAUCCAGAAGGCGGUAAAAAAGUCAGCGCGGCGGGAUCAGCUGAAGCGUGAGGAGACCGAGCAGCGGCGUCUGAAGGCUGUGCUGGAGGUACAGUACGUUCUGGACCAGCUGGGCGAGGAGGGUGUGAGGCAGGAGCUGAGACAGGUGGAACGGGGAGACGAUGGGCCUCUGCUCACCGAGGCGGAGCUCACAGGACUCGAUGACUUCUACAAGCUGGUCGGACCUGAGAGGGACCCCAACAUCAGGCUGACUGAUCAGUUCGAGGAGGCGUCUGUGCAUUUGUGGGAGUUGAUGGAAGGAAGAGACAAAGCUGUGGCAGGAACCACAUACAAGGCCCUUAAGGAUACUCUGGACAAGAUACUGCUCCGUGGCUACUUCGACCAGACGCAAACACACCAGAACGGAGUGUGUGAGGAGGAGGAGGAGGAGCCACCGCAACAGCAGCAGCAGCCGCCUGCUCCCACUGAGUCGGUGGAGUGUGAGGAGCAGCCGGUGGAGCCAGCAGAAGGAUCUGUGACUCAAGAGUUCACGGAUCCCAUUGAAGUGGAAGCGACAGAGUUUGUAAACCGAAAGUUCAUUCCAGAAGCCACUUACAGCACCAGUCCUGAAAAAGAGCAGGGAGGAGAAUGGGCUUUGAGCCCCGAGAUCAUAAGCUCACUGCAACAGCAACAACAGUCCCCUCAGCCUCAGCAGCCUCCUUCAUCGAUGAGUCCUAAUCUGGUGAACCCGGAGACUCACUCGCUCACCCCUGGACUCCCCCCCUCGUCGACUGACCCGCUGGUCAGGAAGCAGGCUGUGCAGGACCUCAUGGCACAGAUGCAGGGCACCUUCAACUCCAUGCUGGAGUUUGAUGGACAGUCUCUGGAUCUCGCCAUUGUUUCUGCUCAACCGAUGAAGUCUGCACAGAUGGUCUGUGCUCCAGCUCACACAGAAACCCGGCUUCCUCAACACACCCCAGUUUCUGUACAUCCAGAACCAACACAGGUUCCCAUGGUGUCCCCACCAACCAAAGCAUACACCUCUACGCCGCCCAUCUACCAGCCCCCUCCUCACACCACAGACCCUCGACCUCAGCCCGACCCCAUCGACCCCCUCCAGGUAUCCAUGCCCCUGUCGUCUGAGCAGCCCCCCGCCCCCUCGUCCCAACCACAGGCCUUUCAGACAGUCACCAAACCCCUGCACAGUUGUAUCAACGUUAACGCCGCACCAUUCCAGUCCAUGCAAGCGGUGUUCAAUCUGAACGCCCCAGUUCCUCCAUCGAACGAGAUGGAGUCUCAGAAGAUGUCGAGUCAGUAUCAGAGCACUUACACCCAGAGCUUCAGCAGCCAGUCAACACACUCGGUGGAGCAGCAGGACCUUCAGCAGGAACCUCUCCAGUCAGUUGCCGGAGCGUUCCACUCUCAAGACCAAGGGAUUCCUUCCUCCGGGGGCCACCAGACGAUGAGCCAGCAGCCAUCAGGUCAGGGAACAGGGUUCGGACGCCAGCCUCAGUCAUACUACAGCAGCCGAGCCGUGCCACGUGGAGGGCCCCGGAACACCAGAGGGGCCAUGAACGGGUAUCGCGGACCAUCCAACGGUUUCAGGGGUGGAUAUGAUGGAUAUCGCGCUCCUUUCCCCAACACUCCCAACACGGGCUACGGACAGACCCAGUUCAGCACUCCACGCGAUUACUCCAGCAGCACCUACCAACGGGAAAGAUAUCAGCAGAGCUUCAAGAGAGAAGCUGCCCAGGGAGCUCGAGGUAGCUCUCGAGGUAAUGCUCAAGCGAUGAGAUCCUAAAGCGCUUUCAGAAGACCGUAGUUGUCUUUGGCCACCUCAAACAUUCAUUUACUGAGAGUGGGUUAACCUGUGCCCUUUUUCUCUUUUCUUUUUUUUUUUU